AUGGAGGCCCUACAAAGUGCUUUACAGCCAUUACGGCCUAUAACCAACAACCUACCUGCUCCUAUUCGUGAUCUUGGAGUAUCUAUCAUCGGUGAUACUUGCUACAAGACCUUAAUCCUCGAACUCGAUCCUACCGAUUCGGAGUGCUUGAAGUUAGCUGUUUCCAAAGGUCUUGGCAUCGGAAUCAUCGGUGCUUCGUCUAUCGUCAAGGUUCCUCAGAUUCUCAAGCUCGUUCAGUCUCAAUCUUCGUCCGGUGUCAGCUUCCUAUCUUACCUACUCGAAACUUCCUCCUACCUUAUCUCGCUCGCCUACAACUUCCGAAAUGGUUUCCCCUUCAGCACCUACGGCGAAACCGCUUUGAUUCUAGGCCAAAAUGUGAUCAUCACCGUGUUAGUUCUGAACUACAGCGGCCGAGCUAGUAUCGCAGCCCUGUUCGUCGCUGCUCUAGCUACCAGUGUUGUCACCCUGUUCAACGGCGGAAUCCUGGAUAUGCAAACUUUGAGCUAUCUGCAAGCUGGUGCUGGCGUGUUGGGCGUAGCUAGCAAGAUCCCACAGAUUGCUGCUAUCUAUCAGCAAGGCGGGACCGGCCAGCUCAGCGCAUUCACCGUCUUUAACUAUCUCGCCGGCUCGUUAUCUCGAAUCUUCACAACGUUGCAAGAGGUGGAUGAUAAGCUGAUCCUGUACGGCUUCGUGGCAGGUUUCGCGUUGAACUUGGUCCUGGCUGCUCAGAUGAUAUACUACUGGAAUGCGCCAUCUGCUAAGGCUAGAGGAAAGAUGAAGGAAUCUGUCCCAGUUCAAGCCAGCAGCCAGAGUACCGGUGUGUCUUCGGCCACCCCCAAGAGUAAGGGGCCGACAACACGACGCAGGGGUUAA